CGUCCCUGACACCCGAUCAAAGCAACAGUGCCAAAACUGAUUGAAGACCUCGCCCCGUGUAUAUAAGAGGUCAGAGCCCGUACUGGGCUAGUAGCAUCCAGACAGCAUCCUCUGUGCACAGCACCCAGGAGAAGUCAUGGCAGAUACCCUGAGGAGGCUGACCAACAGCGAGACAUGCAAACUGCUGCAAGACAAGCUAGAGGACUGGUACAAGGACUAUCAUAUUAAUUCAUGCGACCACAAUCUGAACAUGUGCUGUGAGCUUAUUGAGUUGAAUUCCAAAAUUCAGGGUCAGCUCUUUACAAUUCUUAACGUAGCAGCCCGGGAAGGAGGUCAGUAUGCAGGUGUGGAAACACUGAAGAGUCGCUUCUUGCCAUGGCUGGGUACUUGCUUCUCAGGCCCCUCUCCAGGGUUGUGUGCUGACAGCAGCUUCUCUCUUCUUCAGGAAUCACUAGAAAGAGACAAACGACUAAGGGAACUGUCAUCCUCCCAGGAAAAGGAUCUGCAAAGAUUGGAGACUCAGCUGGCCUCUACACGAGCGGAACUGAAUUCCGUCAGACAAGACUUGCUUGAAGCCCAAGUGGAACUUGAGGAGACAAAAACAAAAUCAGCAACCACUCUCCUAGCCACGGAGGAGGAAAUACUGCAGAUGAAAGCAGACCUGAGGACAGCUCAAGAGAAACUAGAUCUGAGAAAACUAGAUUCAAUAGAGGACUAUGAGCACCAAAUCCGUCUUCUAAAGGAUGAGAUCUCCAUUUUAUCAGCAGAAAAAAGUAUGCUCCAUGGAAGGCUUUCCAGAAGUCGCUCUCCGAGCCCGAUCCGUCACUCUAGCAGAUCAGCCAGCCCAUUUACCAGGAGUGAGUCACCUACAGCGGCCCAGCUUACCAACUCUUCUCGCCACAGUCGGCUAAUAUCCAGAUUCAAUGACAUCUAUGCCAAUGAUCGUCUAGAUGCACAGACUUUGUUGAGACGUUACAUAGAAGAUCUUGAGAUGGUGCAGAGAAUCAUUUUUAUUGCCACUAUGGAAUCCUUCCAUGCAGCUAAGAUGGCAUAUAGACAAUUUAAGCUCCGUGUAAGAAAGUCCCUGUCUCCAUCUCACAUGGGACCCGAAUCCUUGGAAGAUGCUGUGACUGACUAUAUUGUCCGCAACCUGGAUCUCUAUGAUGUCCAGUCCAGUGUUAAUGAUGUGAUCAGUGCAAUGAACGUCAAUCCCAAAAUCUCCUUCCCACCAGAAGUAGACUUUAUUCUAAUCAGCAGCUUCAUCCGGGAAGUGUGUCGUGUGGCAUUUGCCAUGCAGACUCUUGAAGCCCCACUGGAUAUUGCUUUUGCAAUUGAUGGAGAACUCUUUAGUGAAACCAAAUAUCGUCGUACCUAUGAUUCUGAGUUUACUGCGCCUCUAGUCUUCUACCAUGUAUGGCCAGCCUUGAUGGAAAAUGAUAUUCCUGUGAUCAAGGGAGAGGCAGUGACCAAGAGAGGAGCCUUGUGGAGCCCCCGUAAGAGCAGAAGCAGAAGCUGCAGUCCCCUGCGCUCUCGAUCUGUCAGUCCUGGUCGGAGCUUGCUAUCUAGAAGCCGGAGCCCCUCCCCUCGAAGAAGUGGGACCCCAAGAUUCUAACUGAAAGGCUUGGUGCAAGAACCCUUUUUUUUAAUCAGGAAUCAGACAACAUCAGUGGUGCUUCAUGUUUUAUCCAGAGACCUCAGACCUUCAUUGUCAUAAUGUGAAUUUGAUAAUUAUUGACAUUUGUAUGUAGUGUGUUUUUACAAUUUGUGUAUUUUUUCGCCCCAGUAUAAAC